CGAAACUCGAAAGCUGCUCGCGAGGUCUCACAAUGCUCUUCAUACAGCUCACUGAAGCUUGUAUGCUUCACGGACGUAGGGGUAGUAUGAGAACAGCUGCCGUAGCAACAGCUCAACCUCCCUGAACAGCAAUAUGCCAUCACAGCGUCCGGUACGCAUUGCAGCUAUGCUCUACCAUGUUCUGCACAUGUUUAGAGUAUACUGAGGAAGGUAUCAGGAUGCUCUGGUUCGACAACAGACCGGCGCAACGCUAUGACAUUGCUAGCUUAAAACUAUGAGAAUGACCCCAUUGACGUACUCGUAGGCGAUUAGAUGAGCGAGGCGAACAUGACGGCUCGCGCCAAUGUCAAGUUGAAUGGCCAGAUGGAAGCAUACGAGCCAACCUUCCUUGAAGCCCUCGAGCCCGCCCUGCCGCACAUCGCCAGACACGGCAUCAAAGUCGCCAUCAAUGCAGGCGCAUCGGACACGAAGAUGUUCCAUGAAGCAGUCACAAAGAUGGUUACUGCGAAGGGCUGGAGUUGAGCGUUGCGUGGAUCUCUGGCGAUGAGGUGCUCCCACAGCUUCUGGAGGCGCAGAAGAGAGACGUGUCGCCAUUCAAGAAUAUCUGCAUCGUGCAGCGGCUGGACAACUGGCAGUUCGAGCCUAUAUACGCGCAGGCAUACUUGGGGGGACUGGGCAUCGCCAAAGCGCGCAUGAUGGAGUGCCUUAUCCGCGUGCAGAUGGGUAGAUAACACCACAAGUGAGAACGCCGCUACGGUCGACUUUCGUGUGAACGAUCAAGCACGCAGAGCCGAAGACGUUACCCCACCGAAGUUGUGCGGCCGUGUAUUGAUCCCAUCAUGUGUGCGUACUCGGGUGCAACACCGCAUCUC